CUAUGAGUUGUAAAUAUGGCAGCCUCUUCUAACUUUAUUGUCACUCAAAUUUUGAGAUCAGAUAAUUUAUGCUAUAAAAGGAAACAGGCGCCGUCGAAAAUUCAGUUAUUUCAACAUGUAUGUGUGGAUGCUGUUGACGUUGUUAAUUGGAGUUCAGGCUUCGGCGGUCGAUCAAAGGGACUUGCAAGAAAAAAAUAUAAUCCCCGACUUUCUGGCGAAUGAGACAGAGCGCAAUGCUACUGAUAAGACAGUUGAUAGCAUAUUAACGACCUCUCUACCCCUAUCGAUUUCUACAUCAAUGCAUACCUUGAAAUUGAAGAAUAGAUAUGGAUCCAAGAACGAAUUUCGCUGGAACGUAUCGGCUAUUGGGAGUUCUAUGUUGAAUGAUAUCGAUAAGACAGUAGAUAAUUUAUUACGAAAGUUCCUGACACCGUCGAGUUCUGCAUCAAUAUCUAAUUUCAAAUUGAAGAACGGAUAUGGAUCUAAUAAUCAAUUUCAUUGGAACGUAACUGCUAUCGGAAGCUCUAUUCUCAAUGAUAUUGAGGAAUUAUCAAAACCCUUUCAAUUUGCAAAACCAGACGAACAACUGACUGAAAAAAUGGCCCCUUCAACAACACCAAUGACUGCUAUAGUGAAUUCUCGGCGCGUUUAUGAUACCAACAGGAAAAAUCGAUGGAAUCGACUAAAUUUCGUGGAUUCAAUUUAUCACGAAUUGUAUCGAUUUCCACAGAAGUUAAUUCCCUUGGCUAGUCAGGCACUCUCACAAAUCAGAGAUUAUUCUGAAAGGAGUGAGUAUAUUAAAAAGGGAUAUGUUGUCCGGGAAUCAGAAACUACCAGCAGAUCCUCAAUGCAUCGCAAGCCACCCUCCGGCUUGAUGACACCGACAUUCAUCAAAAAUUGGAAGCACUACAUCGUUGGAGCGCGACAAUGUAUGUCAUCAGCAAAAUCUUAUUUCAAUCUUCCGAAAGCAGUCAUUGAGGUAAUGAAACAUUCUCCACGAACCGCAGCCACGAUCGUCAGAAAUCGACUGAAAAAAGCAGUCCCUCGACAUCCAGCAUCAAAAAAAACUAUCUACAGCGGUUAUGAAGCUAUGACAUGUCAAGUGUUGGCGAAUGGGAUGUCAAGCUAUUAUGAAUGUUUGAAGGAGAUGCGAAGGGUCAGUGCUUAUGUUGGUGAGAAAACAAAAAAGUCUGCGGAGUCGAAGGCUUUGAGGGAAUAUCACAGGCGUAUAUUUUGGCCCUCUGCUCUAAGAUUGAUAGAAAGUGUUGGAGACCUCAAUAACAGCUGUAAAGUUGACAAUAAAGCAUCGACGAUAACUUGUUCGGUCUUUAAUGGACUCGAUAACAAUCCCAAUGUUGGAAUGAAUAUGUCAAAUCGCCUGGGUUGGUCCCCAACGGGAACAGAAGCGCAGAAGAUAGCGCAACAAAUGAUAGAAGUCCUUUUGAAAAAUCAAUUGGGUGCUGACGUUCUGGAGGAAAUCGGGACUUGCGUUUAUAUUUAUCAACGAGCAUCUUCAGCCCAACAUAAACUACGGAAAAUAUCCAGGAAUGAUCCUCAAGCCAGAGGGAUGUACGUGACAAUAACUAACAACUUGGAGGCGUAUAAACAUAAUUUGAUGAGGAUUGCCCUCGGGGCUGUGAAUGAUGUUCGCUCGAUGUUCACCGCUGUAGAGGGAACUCUAGUGAAGUCAAUGUCACAGUUUCUGGGCAUUGAUUUUUCGGAGCAUGUGAAAUCUAAGAGAUGCUGGGACGAAUUUCUGGAUACUAUUUUAGGGUCAUUGCUUGGAGAUAAUGAUUGGGAAAAUGAUGGUAUAUCAAAACCGAAGCCACCAAAACCGGAUGAAUCACGACCAGGGCAGCCAAUAGUAGAACAAGAAAAUCCAGAGAAACCGAAGCCAGAACAACCGGGAUCGGAACAAUCAAAUCCAAAUGGUUCCGGAUCAGUUCCAUCACCAGAACAACCAGUCCCUGCGAAUUCUGCAGUGAAUCCAUCAUCACAAGUUGAAGAACCAUCCGAAAAACCUGCUUCGGAGGUGAUGAGGUCAUACGAAAAUAAAUCUCACCGUUCAAGUGAAUCGUCAAGCCAGUUUGAUGAUUCAGAUGAUUCCGCAGAUUCCUCCGAAGAAACUAAUCAGCAAUCGCGCAAGAAUCACUUUUCUACAGGUGUAAUCCCACGUAAAGAAGCAGCACAAAAGCUAAUGAAUUCAUUGCAACGUCUGAGUCAGACCAAAGUGCUACGAAAACAAAACACAAUUGCAUCCCUUGCCAACACAUUUCUGCUGGCUACGAUGUUUUAUGAAUGCAUCACUGUUAUAGCUGCUGCUGUCUAUCGAACUGAACGCGCCACCGAUUCUGAAUCACCGAUAACUUCUUCAACUCCGAUUUAUCAGGAGAUGACUUCUGUUCGUGAUCAGGAGCAGUCGUGGGAAACUUAAACUGUAGGAUUCUUCAGAAUGAGGGUAACAUAAAAUCAGUCCCUCCAUUAUUCUAAUAACGAUGAUGCUGGCUAUUCAGAUCAUGGAUAUAUUUUAUGAUAAGUGUACUUAUUGUCACAUGCUGAAAAUUGGAAUAAUCAAGCAAAUAAUUUUUGAGAUAAUCCCCUCGCAAGUGAUAAUAAAAGCCGCAGUGUAUCUCUUGA